AUGGCAGAAGCAACCUAGCACGUGUGAGCUGCUUGGCUGAAACAAGAUGUUGAGGAGACAAGCAAGACUGCGGAGAGAAUUCAUCUACAAAAAGUCAGAGGAACAACGCGAUAGAAGCAUACAAGAUAAAAAACAACGCUUGAAGGCAGCUCUAGAAAGUGGUGAUCCUAUACCGACAGACUUAAGGGCAGAUGCUGUAGACCUUCAGAAGACCUUAGGCUGGGAAGGCCCCGGAGCAGAUGGGAAGACCAGCAGGGUAGAUGAUGAAUACAAAUGGGCUGGUGUGGAGGAUCCCAAGAUUGUUGUCACAACAUCAAGAGAUCCAAGUUCAAAACUGAAACAAUUUGCAAAGGAGAUCAAACUGAUCUUCCCGAACAGCCAGAGAAUAAAUAGGGGUAACUAUGAGACCAAGCAGCUCAUGGAUGCCUGUAGGGCAAACCAAGUGACAGACUUAAUAAUGGUGCAUGAACACCGAGGUAUACCAGAUGGACUGAUCGUGUGUCACUUACCUCAUGGACCUACAGCCUCCUUCACUCUGUCUAAUGUUGUGAUGCGACAUGACAUCCCAGACGUAGGCACCAUGUCUGAAGCAUAUCCCCAUCUUAUCUUCCACAUGUUGUCCUCUAGACUAGGGAAAAGGGUUAUGGAUAUACUGAAAUACUUAUUUCCUGUUCCAAAAGAAGACAGUAAGCGUAUCAUCACAUUUGCCAAUGAUGACGAUCACAUAUCAUUUAGACAUCAUAUAUAUAGAAAAGCAGAUGGUGGGAGGAACAUUGAACUAUCAGAAGUUGGGCCGCGAUUUGAAAUGAAAUUGUACCAGAUCCAGCUUGGAACCCUUGACAACGCAGACACAGCUGAUGUGGAAUGGGUAUAUAGACCAUACAUGAACACUGCCAAAAAACGAAAGUUCCUCUCCGACUGAACCUCUUCCUGUAUUAAGGUCCUGAGAGCUAUAUAUGGUAACAGCAUCACUAAACCCUGAUUGGGUGAUUUCUCACAGUCUGGGACUAUCCUGGGACAUUGACAAAGAGAUUUCCCACUGGGUAACAUUAUCCAGGGACACACUCAGUAACCGAGUGAUUUCUCACAGUGCAACACCAUUCUGGGAUACUCUCAUUGAAUGGAAGAUCCUCAUGGAGUGUCAUUUUCCUUGGGCACAGAGUAUUGUAUUAUCCUAAGACCAAGAGAUUCUCGUGGAGACUCUCUCAUGGAGUAUCAAAUUAACUGCAUACUUUUUCAUUAAAUAUCAAAUCAUUGCAUAUUUUCUAUUGAAUCAAAUUACCUGCAGACUUCCUUAUGAAGUUUAUAAUUUUCUGAAUAUUUCAUCACAGUGUAUCAAUUAUCCUAGGACUUAUGAGAUAUCCUCAGUUGACCUACUUACUGAUUGAGUCAAUCUCUUGAGUCACAUCCAAAGAUGUUCUCCCUGAGCAUGCCCUUGGACUUUUUGUAAGAAACAUCAACUUAUACACUUUACAGUCAGUGCCAUGUAUCCUUAAACUGGAUGAACACAAGAAUGUUCUUUAGGAACUUGUAAUAAAUGUAUAUUUUGUUGUAAAUAACAAAGAUCUAUUAGAAAACAUAAAGCGAAAAUAAAGGAUUCUCAACAUCCAGGAA